AAAAACUUUUAUUACCUGUAAAUAUUGUUUUAGAUAUAAUUUCCCAAGGAUAAUAAUACAUUAAUACAAAAAAUUUGAACGCCACUGAGUGUUUUGAGCCUAUAAAUAUCCGCUCAUUGAUCUAUCAUGUUCAGUAACCAACCAGCUCCUCCAACUCAAGCUCAAUACAUUUCAAUCAUCUUCUAUUCUUCUUACCACAAAGUUGAGAAGAUUCCCAAAGCUUUAUAUUCAAUCAAUAAUGGCCCAUCAGCGUCACAUUCUCCUCAUAACUUUCCCGGCCCAAGGCCACAUAAAUCCGAGCCUCCAGUUCGCCAAGAAGCUCACCAGCAUGGGGGCAGAAGUGACAUUCGCCACCAGCUUGUCAGCUCACACCCGCAUGGCCAAAACCCUAGCAGCCACAAAAGGCCUUCACCUCGCUUCCUUCUCCGACGGCUACGACGACGGAUUCAAGCUCACUGAUGACGCUAACAAGUUCAUGUCCUCAAUUCGCAGUCACGGCUCCGAGAGAGUCAGAGAAAUAUUGCGUUCGAGUGCUGAAAAAGGCCGCCCUGUUAGUUGCGUGGUGUACACGCUUCUCCUCCCUUGGGUGGCCGAGGUGGCACGUGAAAUUCACGUUCCAUCUGCGCUCCUUUGGAUCCAACCAGCUGCGGUUCUAGAUCUUUACUACUACUAUUUCAAUGGCUACGGUGAUGCCAUGAAGAAUUGUCUAGAUGACCCCGAAUGGUCUAUACAAUUACCUGGCUUGCCGCGCCUCCAUGCACGUGACCUUCCCUCUUUUCUCCUUCCGAAUUGUCACGAAAUGUACAGUUUCGCGCUUCCAUCGUUCAAAGAGCAGCUAGAUGUGCUUAAUGCUGAUGAGGAACCUAAGGUGCUGGUGAAUUCUUUCGACGCGUUGGAAUGUGAGGCUCUCAGAGCAGUGGAUAAGCUCAAGUUGAUUGCAGUAGGGCCGAUUCUUCCGUCAGCUUUCUUGGACGGCAAGGAUCCCUCGGACACUUCAGUGGGAGGGGACCUUUUCCAAAAAUCACGAAACUACAUUGAUUGGUUGGAUUCCAAGGCUAGGAGAUCCGUGGUUUAUAUUUCAUUCGGGAGUAUUUUGACACUGUCGAAACAUCAAGUGGAGGAGAUUGGGAGAGGCUUGUUGAAAAGUGGGAUGCCUUUUCUGUGGGUGAUACGAAAAAAGGAAGGCGAAAAUGGGCUAGAAGAAGAGAAAUUGAGUUGCAUGGAGGAAUUAGAACAACAAGGGAUGAUAGUGCCUUGGUGUAGUCAGCUAGAAGUACUUUCACACCCUUCAUUAGGAUGUUUUGUGACGCAUUGUGGAUGGAAUUCGACGUUGGAGAGCCUGGUUUCAGGGGUCCCCGUGGUGGCGUUUCCACAUUGGACCGACCAGACCACGAAUGCAAAGCUGAUAGAAGAUGUGUGGAAGACGGGAGUGAGAGUGAAUGGUGAUGAAAAAGGAGUGGUUGAUGGGGAUGAAGUUCACAGGUGCUUGGAACUGGUGAUGGGGGAUGAAGUGUUGAGAAGGAAUGCUGAGAAAUGGGGUGAUUUGGCUAGGGAAGCAACAAAAGGGGGCUCUUCGGAUAAGAAUCUAAAGGCUUUUGUGGAAGAUUUUGAUCAACAAGUCUGUUAGUUGUCAUCGUCAGUAAUUUAUGGUCUAUAAUUUCUUUCGAGUAUAAUCCAGAUAUGAUAUCUCAUCAUGUCUGUUAUUUGUAUGACGGCCGGUCAGUUGCGGGCCAGCCGUCGGUUGUAUAAGUGAAUAUUAUUCGUAUGCCAUUUCACUCCA